AUGUCGCCCGACCUCGAUAUUGUCACCCAACAGCAGCUCGAGGCGCGUCAGGUCGCCAUUCUCUCUAAGAUCGACCAACUCACUGAUCGCCUCGCCGCAAUCACCGCCGCGGCACAGCGAAGCUGGCUCGAAUCUUCCACAAGUAACGCCGCCUCCCGCGGCGUUCCUUCCGGACACGCGUCGCAGGAAGGAAGCGAUGAUUUGAAAGAUGUGGAAGGUCCAGUGCCUGGUGACGUGGCGGCAGGGGAUGAGACCGUCACGCAGACGCGGCUCGCGGACGCGAUUCGAGCGGGAGGAAUCACGCGAUUCCGGUUUCGGCGGGUGCCGUCGGAUUACUACGAUUGGACGCUGGAAGCGCGGCGAGAUGUGCUUGGCGCUCCGUCCGUCGACCAUCUGUGCAAGAGCAUUGUCAUGACCAACACACAGGCGCCUGCCGACGUGGUGGACUGCAGCAAUCCGCGCUACUCCAAGUACUAUAUCAUUGUCAUUCAGUACUCAGCGCGGCUGAACGCGGAGAAGGUGCGCAACUUUGUGUACGCACUCAACGACGGGACAGUGCCCAAGAAGCGCAUCAACAUGCGCCUUGCACCUGAGGAGGACUCUAUGGCUCUCACCGGCUUCGAGCACAAUGCUGUUGCUCCCAUCGGCACCCGCACUCCCAUCCCGGUGAUCAUAUCAGAUCGCAUCUUGGCGCUGCGGCCGCGCUACUUCUGGAUGGGAGGGGGCGAGGUGGACCUUAAGCUCGCCAUGGCUGCCGAUGACUUCCUCUCCCUCCUCAACCCCUUCGUUGUUGACUGCACCUACUGA